UACUUCAUUUCUCACAGGACCAGUGUGCACUUUGACCCAGAGGAUAUCCUGUGCCUUCUCAGCAGUUGGAGCGCGAGCACACUACAGCCAACACAAGACAAAAGAUCUUUACAGCUUUGUGCACUUUUAUCGAGAUAAACAGAGAUUUAAGCACUCAACAAAGCAGAUAAAAGUUGGACUGAAAUCAUUCACCUACAAGCUUGACAAUGAUGGAAGAAGUAAAUGAAGUGACAUCUACUCUGAGCGUUCAUGGUCAAAACAUCAAGCUUGCAGAGGUGUUGAAAGACGGGGACACACUUACAUUCUUGGUUGUAUCACAGAAGCUGUCUGGGACAGGGGAGUACCAUGUGUACCGGACCUAUGAUGAUUUUGAAUGGCUGCAGCAACACCUGUUCUCCCAGGAGGAUGUGCCCGGGAUACAGGGAGUCAUAUUCCCUCCUCUUCCUGCAAAGGCUCAGGUGAAUGCAUCUGCCAAGGUUAUGAAACAGCUUGGUCUGCUUGGUUUAGGAGAGUGGCAGCCAUACUGUAAAGCACUGGAAACCUUCCUCCGGCAGAUUGCCACACACAGCAUACUCAGCAAAAAUAAAGCUGUGGAGAUCUUCCUGACUAGUUCAGACCCUCCAGGCAGACAGAGAGUGAGAAAAAACAUUUUCAACUGGCUGAGUCAAGCUGUGGAAGAGAAGAGGAAAGAAGGCCACAAGGAUGUGGAUGAGUUCUUUCAAACUGAACGGGAUCAUAACCUUCUUCUAACCAGCUGUGCCAAGACUGCAGCUGAGAGAUUCCUGGAUGUGGUGCAAACUGAGCAAAAAAUAGCAGUGGCCUGUGGGCACUUCUCAGCGGCUCUGCAUCUCUGUGUGGAACAAGGGGAGGAUCCUGACAAACAGGCUUUCACUAAGUCUUGUGUGAAAUUAUCAGAAGUCUUUAAUUCUAUGAAGAAAAAUAUGGCAGAAGUUGCUGAGAAUGAUGUGAGCACUCUUGGACUAGGCUUGGACCUGGAGUCACGCUACCAGGAGGCAGAAAAGGAUAUGCUCUUCAGGAGAACCUGUAAGCUAGUGGAGUUAGAGACUGCCACAAGGAAUGCAGAGAGGGCCAAACCUGUGAAGAAGGCUGCUAUGGAGGAGGUGAAGAAAGCAGCAGAGAUGGAGUUUAAUCACAUUUGUGGAGUGGCUAAACAGGAGAUUGCACGGCUGAGGAGUGCGCGUGUGAAGAUGUUGCAGCAGUCUCUGGUCCAGUGGUGUGAAAAGCAGCUGCUUACAGCCAAAGAAAGUGCUGACCAGAUCAACCAGCACCUGCAAGCCUUUAGAGGGAUGGCCUAGUGACCCCACACUUAAUGAAGCAUCCUCAGUAUGUCUAAACAUAGCAUGGGGUAACCCAAACAUGUCCUUCACCCUGUUGUGCUGAUUCUUUAUUGGAUUCAAUUAGUUCCAGUGUAAAUAAACAAAUAAAAGAGAAAGGGAAACCUUCCUCUUAAUCAAACAGCAAUCCUAUAAUUUGUUCUCACCGUCAUUUCCCCCCAGUCUCUCCUCAAUCACACUAAUACCAGUAAACCCCCAGUAGAAAUGAUGUUUUUGAUUUCUUUGCAGUGGAUUUGUCAUUUAGUGAGACGUGUGUGUGUGUGUGUGUGUGUGUGUGUGUGUGUGUGUGUGUGUGUGUGUAUUUGUUCUGUACUGCACUCAUACGUUUGUGCUGAGAGUGUUUUGUGCUGCUCUCCAGCCGCCACCACAUCAGCCGGGGUCACACGAAAUAAAGUGUGAUGAAUUGAUUCCCAAAGU